AUGGUGUCUCAAUACCAAAAAGUUGAGUGGGGCAAGCUGGUACUGCUGAAAGGUAUAAUUCUAAGGCACCAAUUCAUUUUGUGGAUGGCACUGCAAAGAAAAUUGUUAACUGUCGAUAAAGUAAUUAAGUGGGGCAUCACAGUACAAACUGAAUGUGUACUGUGUGACACCCUGCUAGAGGAAACUUUUGAUCAUCUAUUUUUUGCUUGUCCAUACUCUCAACAUAUAUGGGCUGCUAUCCUAACCUGGCUGGGUGUUCAAAGAUCAAUAGGGGACUGCAAUCAGGAAGUGAACUGGCUACUACAGAGAAUUAGUCAUAGUCGACCAAGAGCUUGUAUAAUGGGAUUUUGUUUUGCUGCUAUGGUAUACCACAUAUGGGCUGAAAGGAACGAAAGAAGAUUCUCCAACAAACAAUCUAGCAGCCUGAAGAGAUUGAAAGAUGUUGUUGUGCAACUGCAUAUUGAAGGACAAAAUCAUAGCAAGUGGAAGAGUCUUUGGAGAAACUAG